CUGGACUCGAGAUCCGAGGAGGGGGGCACUGUUGUCAUCCGUCAGGGCUGUGAGUCGAGCUUUUGUCCAGAAGAGAUGGCUGGAAUCAAAGCUCUCAUUAGCCUAUCUUUUGGAGGGGCCAUUGGCCUCAUGUUCCUCAUGCUAGGAUGUGCCCUCCCUGUGUACGACAAAUACUGGCCUUUGUUCCUCCUUUUCUUCUACAUCCUCUCCCCCAUCCCGUACUGCAUCUCACGGAGGGUGGCUGAUGACACAGACUCUGCAAGUAACGCCUGCAAAGAGCUGGCCAUCUUCCUCACAACGGGAAUCGUCAUUUCAGCCUUUGGCCUGCCCAUCGUCUUUGCAAGAGCUGAAGUAAUUUUUUGAAAUAAGGUUUUUUUCUUGUUUUUGGAGGGGCAUUUUUUCCAGUGUAUGUGUUUAGUUGCUGUUGAAAUGAGUUAAUUAUUGUGCCUGUUUUUUGUAGUGUUUAUACUGCCAUAAAGAAAUGGCAUGUUUAAAAUAAACAGAAGUAAAGCUGCGUAAAUGACUACUUGAAAUGAAGAUUGAAAUGUUUUGUAUUUAUUGAUGUUAAGCAUUCAGCCUAAUAAACACUUUAAGUUGGAUCAGA